CUGGGGCUGCUGUCUGUCCUCCUACUGACUGGGAUCAUAGGCCUGUCUGUCUACUAUGGAGUAAUUGGUCAUCACGACUCAACAGAGAGAGACCAGCUACAGGCCAGUUACAGCCUUCUGACUAAAGAGAGACCAGCUACAGACCAGUUACAACAAGCUGACUAAAGAGAGAGACCAACUACAGACCAGCAGUAACACCCUGACUAAAGAGAGAGCCCAGCAACAGAAAGAGAAAAAUGAUCUCAUGAGAAAGUUCUCUAAUCUGAAACAAACCUGCCCUAAAGACUGGAAGAAGUUUGAAUCCAGUUGGUACUUCCUGUCUACUGAGACUAAAACCUGGGGGGAGAGCAAAGAUGACUGUCUGGAGAGAGGAGCAGACCUGGUGAUCAUCAACAGUGAUAAGGAACAGGAGUUUCUCUUCCACCUCAACAAGGGUUUCUGGAUUGGUCUGACUGACACUGUUACUGAGGGGACCUGGAAAUGGGUGGACGGCAACCCACUGACCACCCCAAAGUACUGGGGGAGUGGACAGCCUAAUGGUGGUGGAGUGGAGAACUGUGUGUUGUUAACUCACAGUUCAUCAGACCAAGGACCAUGGCAUGACUAUCCGUGUUCAUUUAACCAUUCCUGGAUCUGUGAGAUAGUUCUUUCUCAAUUUUAGUUAUGAUAUUGAUUGGCAUGCUGAAAGUCAUGAUACCAGCUACAGGGCCUUCAGAAAGUAUUCACUGCCUAGACCUUUUCCACAUUUUGUUGUUUACACGCUGUAUUUUUUAAUCGAUUAAAUUGAGAUUUUACUGUCACUGUCCUACACACAAUAACUCAUAAUGUCAAAGUGGAAAUAUGUUUUUCUUUUCUUUUUUACAAAUGAAUAAAAGAUUUAAAUCUGAAAUGUCUUGAGUCAGAAAGUAUUCAACCCCUUUGUUAUGGCAAGCCUAAACACGUUCAGAAGUAAAAUGUGCUUCCGUUGACACAUAAUAGGUUGCAUAGACUCACUGUGUGAAAUACAGAGUACAGUAUAAAAUAGAAAGGAGGACCA